AUGUCUAACAACAGUGUCUGUGAGGUUCCCAACAAGGGCCUCUAUACAAGUGGGUACUCCAUCAUUCUUCUCCUGGGCCUGACUCUCAAUGUAUAUGCCUUUGUUAUCCUCCGAAAGUUCCAAUCACCAACCAGCAUUUACAUAAAAAACCUGAUCUUCUCUGAUUUACUCCUGAUUUUCACUCUUCCCCUGAGGAUCUACUACUACUAUAACUGGUCUCCUAGACAACAAGUCACAGUGCCCCCAUGGCUAUGUAAAGCAGCAGGGACCAUUCUUCUACUUAACAUGUAUGGAAGUAUAUUUUUCUUGGCUUGCAUCAGCAUUGACCGUUGCUUUGCUGUUUGCUUCCCACUUAGCACCCGUCAUGUCCGUCAGAAAGCAAUAUGGGUUUGUGUUUUUAUAUGGGCAUUAAACUUGUCAUCCUGCCUCUUUACUGUUGUGGGGGUGAAACUGACAGAGGAUUGGAACAAUACUUGCUUUCAUAGCCACCCUCCAUUUGUGACCUUGCUAGGCCCCACUGUUGGAGCUCUGGCCCUUGGCUUUUUGGUUCCACUAUUAAUUAUAGCAGUUAGUUCCUGUGCUCUUCUGAGAGCAAUUUCACAUAGCCAGUCCGUCCAAGAAGGCAUGGUGAACAAGGGAAAGAUCGUACACAUGCUAUUGGUUAACCUGAGUGUCUUCCUAAUAUGCUUUUUGCCAUAUCACAUUGUAAUCUUACUUUAUCAAUUCUGGAACCAAAGUUGUAAAUUGAGUGAGGCCUACAAAAUAGCACUCCUGAUGGCAUGCUGUAAUGCGAUGCUGGAUCCUAUAGUUUAUUACUUUGCAACUGAAACAUUCAGGAGGAAGAAUGCAGUGGAGAACGUGAGGCUGGCCAGAGAUUCUGAUGCAUCAACAGACAGAGCUAAAUGACAACCAAGAUCUUCUGUUAGCAUGGCCUAAGGGAAGAAAAGAAUGAAACAGGAAUAAACUAUGCAUAUGUAGUUACAUGACAUGAG